AUGGAUGUAUUCCCUCAAAACACUUUGACAAAAUUUUCUAAUCGUUUAGCUCGACCAAUUGACCUAAGUGGUGAGUGGUUAGUUGGUCUUCAGGAGAUUUUCUAUCCAUCAGACAUAAGCGCAACGGCUCGAAGCCUAUCUGUCCAUUUGCUGAUCGAUGGAUUCGGACAAAAAGUUAAAUUAGACGUAAUGUUGGAAGCAAAUGAUGAUAAAAGAGCGAUAAUCGAUAAAAUUAAUAUAGCCAUGAGGAAACAUUAUAACACUACUAAAUCGAAACGGCCUAAAAGAGAUAUAAUGGAAUCAAUCAAUAACCUUUUGAAAACGGAAAGCUCAAAUUUUACGACUGAAGAAAAAUUAUCUCAUUUAAAAGAGAUUAAGAGCAAAGGUUUAGCAGCCUUUGAAGAGCUUCUGAAAAAAAUUGAUGAAAUGAGUGGAAAAGUGACAGAAAAGGAGAAAGAAAUUGCCUCACUCUCUACUGAAGUUUCCGAGAGAAACAAGCAAGUAGAAGUUAUAAAUGCAAAUUUAGCUGCAAGAAUUGUAAUCGAAGAUGAUUUCGAUAAGUACAAGAAGACAGCUCAAAAAAUGUUAGCUGAUCAGACCGAAAAGAUAACAAAACUUGAAAAGCAGCCUAACAAAGAUGCUGAGAUUUUUCAUCUGAAAGAAGAAUUAAAAGAUGCAUUGGCCAGAACAAAAGGAUGGGAAACUGAUGCCAUUGCCAAACGAGUUGAAGCCUCGAAACUAAGAGCAGAACUGGAGAUCCUCAAAAGUCAGCGUGAUGCCAAUCUUCUUAGCUUGCAAGGGCAAUAUGAUAACAUGAAAGAGGAAACUGACAUAAAGAUAAAAAAGAUCGAGAAAGAUUUAAAUGAAUCUAAAGCAACAAAAUCUGAGAAAACGGUUGAGUUUGAAUUGCAGUUGGAACGUUGUAAGCAGGAACAAGAGGCAGAGCUACGAAAAUUAAAUGAGCAAAUGGAAAACGAGUCUAAGACUUAUGCAGACAAAGCUAACUUAAUGGAAGAGAGAGAGAAAGUAUAUCAACAAUAUCUGAAAGAGUCGAGGGAAAAAGUUGAAAAUUUACAGAAAAGUGAAAUUGAACUAAGAGAGAAAAUAGCUACACUUGUACCUAAGCAUGAGCUUAACAAUCUAAAUCAAAAAGUUGAAGCUAUUUCAACGGAAAAAACUGCAGUUGAGGUGACACUCAAAGAACUGAAAGAAAAGCAUGAUUCUUUAGCUAUUGAAGUUGUUAGAUUGAAUGAAGAUUUGAACAAGCAAAGAACAGAGAAAAAUCAGUUACUUGAUGAUAUUGAAAGAGUAAGAAGACAAUUAUACAAAUUCAAACCAUUGGUCGAGAAUGAAUUGACUAUAAGCGAAGAUGAUAAAGUUCCUUUGAUUGAACUGGUUGGCGGGAAAAUAACCGUACACAGAGGUUACUUAGAUAAUAGAAUAAUCGUACCUCAUUUUAAUGAUUCAGCCUUUCUUUCUGCUCUUGGUUUCGAUGCUUAUGGAUAUCUUGAUAAAAUCGGUCGCUUACUAACGACAAAUGAGGUUAGUAUGACUGCAGAGAAGCCUGCUGCUUUAGAUUUCCAGCCUCACUUGAUGUUUGUGAACUCAGACAUCGUGUCUGAACACUUUGUUGGAGAUAAGUCAGCGAGAGUCCUUCGUGUUCUGCCACUAAGAGGUGACGAAAAAAAGCAAAUUAUUCACGAGAGAUUCAUCAAGCCUCACUAUUACCCACUUAGAUCAAAUCGAAUGGAAGAUAUUAACUUCAUCUUGAGCGAUGAGACUGGAGAACAAGUUAAAUUUAAUUCAGGUCGAGUUUGUAUUGGCUUACAUUUAAAGAAAGUUGUAUAA